UUUGAAUACGUAUCAUGUAUAGUUUGUUAUCGUAGGAUGCUUUCUGAUUAGCCGACGCUCCAACUUCGGGCUUUGUAGUCGAGUCGCUUGCGGAUGCGAAGGGCGUAAUUUGAGCAGCCUGUGGCUGCCUGACCCGAAAGCGCUGGUUAGGAAUGCUGGAACUCGUUGCGCAGUCUGUGGCGCAGCGCGCUGCUGCUGGCACCGCCCGCACGGGAGCACAUGACCUGCUCAGCGAGUUCCAGCUGCGGCCAUUCUACAACCUUUCCAUGAAGGGUGUGGAUCGCAACUAUCUCACCAUCAGCACCAAGGAGGUUCCGACCGGACUACCCGGGGACACCAGCCUCUUCGCGCACCCCUCCUGGAGCCUGCUGCGCCCGCCUCCCCUGCCGCCGCCUCCCUCCGAGCCCACAGAGCGGGUGGUGGAGCGCGUGCGGAGGGGCCUGCGCUUCCCGCCGGGGGGAGCCGUGCUCAGUCCGGCUGCCAAGGGUGCGGAGGUCACCCGCGUCUUCAUGCGCAACGUGCCCACCCCCCCUCCCGCCACAGCAGCAGCAGCAGCCGCAGCACGGCCCCCAGGGACAGCAGCAGGUGGUGGUGGCGGCGGGAGCGGCAGUGGGAUCUCCGGUGGUUUCGGCGCGGGGGGCAAGCGGCGGGCGACGGCGGACCCCUCCGUCUCCUCGGACGGGCAGCAGCAGGUGUCUGGGGACACGGGCGUGUCACAUGAAUCCAAGCGGGCCCGGGGCCGUUACUGAGGGCGCACGAGUGAGGAGAGAGGCGCGCCCGCCAGGGGAGGAGGAGGGGAAGGAGGGGGACGACCCUACACGGUAGUCGGAGCCGAGCCUUGCCAGCAGUGCCGCGGGUCGGAACGUACUGUGAUUGCCGGAAGAUGAAGCCAGCCAGCCCCAACGGUGCUCAUCAACAUCAGCUCACAUCCCCACCGCCAAGGCGCCAGUGUGUGUGCGCCCUACUUGUAACGCUGUCCGUUU